AUGUCACGGCCAUGCUACUAUUGGGCAGGUGACUCGCGGGGAUAUUAUUCAGCUCUUAGCACGCCUCCUAAUCUCGAUCGCGAUGUGCUUUCCAUCCUUCCAUUCUUCGAGACACAAAAGCUUGAGAACUCAUCGCGAAAACAAACCCGCGUCCUUGCGGGCAACGAGAAGACUGACUCCAAUCAAGCAAGGACAAAGAUACCAGUGAACAACUGCAACCAGCACUCGUUUACACACCCCUCUGACUUCGCGUUUCCCAACUACUCGCGCGCAACAACGGCUAGCGUUGGCUUCGCCUAA